CCACCAUAGGCAGGUGACCAGCCUCUACUGGAACCACCACCACUCGGGCUUGGCUACAGCAACCCAUCAAAUACUUCCUCCCUUGAUCUUGCAGUCGACUGAUCGGUAUCUAGUCGACGUUUCUCACUAGGUGUGUGCGCUUGUCGACGCUGUUGUGCUCCGAAAAUCAAAGAAGCACCCACUGACCUAUGGGUGGACGAAGUGUACACCCCCCAGACUAUCGCGCCGACUGUGCCCGCGCAACGCGUGUCAUGACUCUGAACAUGGGCUCCUCUUUCAGUGAUAAGGGCCCAUAUGUAAAGGAAAUGAUGAACAACGCGUCUCAUCAUUCCGGGGCGGCUACUGCGACGCCGACAUCACUUGACCUCAAAUUAUUUGAGCAUGGCUCCGCAAUCCUUGUCUUGGGUUCACAGCGCACCUUAGCAAUAUACUCUUCGGACUUGUCAUCAAGUUCUUGUUUUCAUAUGACAAUCUGUCAAAAGAUGGAUCAGAGAUCAUCAGAGAUAAGGAGCUUCGGUUUUCUUCACGGAUGCCCGUCGCUUGAGUUCGUCUCGGACAUGCUCAGUUUUUUAUUGGGAGGGACUUUGAGGAUUUCUUCUCUUGAUGCACCCCAAUUUGGACGGUCCCAAUGCACGAUUUGGCCCUUUGAUGUCAUUUCCUGAAUCCAUCGUUCCCCGUUUUUCUCCAGAUCCACAAGUCUCUUUACUUCGGAGACUUUGGUAGCAAGGUUUUUUGGACCGUCCGCUAUUAUGCUAACUGGAGGCGCGGGUGAUUUGUCAUGCGAUUGUGACUAUUGGAUCUCAAGGACACUUUGUAAUAACAUGAUAGCAUCUUUGCUUCUUCCCCCCAACAAACUUAUUGCCUGGAGCAGCCUCAAUCGUCCAGUGUUGGGUUAUACGACGCCGCGCCCGGCUGUCUCUUCACUCUCCGCGAAUGGGGCGCCAUUUCACUCACGUCUACGCUUACUUUCCCCUACUGCGCCGACAUACUCAAACAAAGAGCCUCUCACUCGACCAGUGACACGCUCUCAAUUGCCGCCCAUGAUCACACUCAUGACGUCUGAGUUUAAAGCCUUGUUAAAGUACGCGGGGUGAUAAG